CUCCAUUUAGCAGGCUUGGGGCUAGUGUUAAUGUCUGGACAAUUAAGCAAAACUUCCCUUGGGCUGGAUCUCCAGAGCCUGAGAACACUGGUAGCCAAAGGAUGGUGUCUUGUGAAAGGAGGGCAAGCGGAAGUGUAAAGCAAAAUUUGCUUUUGGGUUUUGUUGAUACUUGCAGACCAGCCCACAGAAGGAUGAACAGCAACGAAAUCCUUUCUGGCAAUCUUCCUGGGAUGCACACCGGAAUCAAGAUCUGUAAGAAGCAACCCAGCAUAAAUCUAUGUAUCCACCAUUGUUCAUAUUUCCAAAAGUGUGAAGCAAAUAACAUAUGCUGUUCAGCCUUCUGCGGGAACGUUUGCAUGAGCAUCCUGUGAGUAGGAGAGUGGGCUGGGGUGUGCAUCCUGAUCCCUGCACCCUUCCAUCCGACACUGUGCCCACAUCCAAAGCACAAGGACUUCAAAUCACCAGCACAAGAACAUCAACAUGAAUGUCGCCCUCCCUCCUGCCUGAACUCCUUGUCCCGGUCAAAU